AUGUCGAGCUCAGAGCAUCAGGUCCCGCGUAUCCCGGUCGAGAUCGACAAGGAGAAGCUCAAAAAGGCCUUCGACGUCUCCCACUUCGACAUCAAUGCGGUGCUGCGGGGCAUCCAGUUGACUCUUGUCGGAGCUCACAGGGCUCUCCAGAAUCCCGGUAUCUUCACCUCCGAGCAUUACAGACAGGCCAUCAUAGCUGUGGCCUCUGGUGUCGCCAUCCGCGUUGCCAUAGCCGUCCCUAUCAUCGGGAUCCGCGUUCUCCUGUGGUUCAUCUCUCUCUUUUUCCGCCUCGAUACGGUAACUUGGGAUGACAAGAUCAUUGAUGGCUUGCACUUCAUCGAAGAAUAUGUGCUGCAGGUGCCGUUGUUUCUUAUGACGCUGAUGCGCUAUGCCACUCCAACACUGGACAACCUGUUCAUGGAGUCGUUGCGGUGGGUAGACGUGACCUAUGUCCAGAAGCACAAGAACGAGGACCCCAACAAGCUGCGGAACAUGUACUAUCCGAAUCUACGCCAGUAUUCCACUCGAGAUGGCAGCACCCACUCGACCAGCACCGCUGAGGCUAUGACCAUGUUCCUCUGGAGAUUUGGACGAAAGGCUGCCAUCUCACUUGCCAUCUUCGCCCUGUCAUAUGUCCCGAUUGUCGGUCGCCUAGUCCUACCUGCCGCUAGUUUCUACACCUUCAACAAGGCUGUUGGCCUAGGUCCGGCCUCUCUCAUCUUCGGAACUGGCAUUUUCCUUCCACGACGUUACCUUGUCAUCUUCCUCCAGAGCUACUUCGCCUCCCGAAGCUUGAUGCGUGAGCUUCUCGAGCCUUAUUUCGCCCGCAUACACUUCAGCAAGCAGGAGAAGCGUGCUUGGUUCCAUAAUCGCGAGGGGGUCUUGUUUGGCUUUGGCAUUGGCUUCUACGUAUUGCUCCGUGUGCCACUCUUGGGCGUCUUGAUCUAUGGCAUUGCCGAGGCUUCCACGGCGUAUCUCAUCACAAAGGUCACCGAUCCUCCGCCGCCGCCAUCUGAGAGCACUGGCUUUACUGCAAGCCAGCAGGAGUGGAGAACCAAGCAUGAGUUCUUGAGCUUGUCACUGGCCAACAUGGACAAGAUUCAUGACAAGCCGCCGCCAUAUCAAGAGCAGGAUCCAAACCCAAGAGCUUCAGGCUCGUCUUCAUCAGUGCAGGUUCGGUAA